AUGGCAGCCAUUGCUCUGCCUCCAACAUGGACUCUGUCUGCACAGAACUCUGCCUGUUUUGAUGUGGCCAAUACUAUGGAGGAAGAGAUGGUCGCUACAUUUCCAACAGCGUCAUUAUAUAAACCAGUAACUUUCACAGAUGUGGCUGUGGAGUUCACACAGGAGGAAUGGGUAAUGCUAGACACUGCUCAGAGAAAUUUGUACAGAGAUGUGAUGCUGGAAAAUUAUAGAAAUCUCACCUCAGUAGAGUCUCAGUUAUGCAGGCCAACAGUGAUUUCCCUGAUAAAUGAAAAAGAGAAAAGUGUGAAAAGGAGAAUUUCCCAAGCCAUCUGUCCAGACUGGGAGGACCAACUUAAAACCAAAGACUCAACUCCUAAGCAGAGAAUUUUUUGUGAAAAACCAUCCAAAAUGGAAAAAGUCACAGAGGAUAAUUAUUGGUCCUUUAUAUUAGGAGAAGAUUUAGAAUGCUAUACAAUAGAAAACAAGAUCCCAGCGGGACAUUUGAGACAAGUGAACUUUACCCAGAGGCAAGCAGCAUCUCAGGAAAGGUUCUAUGAUCCUUAUGAUUUUGAAGAAAACUCUAAACCUGGCUCAAGACUACUUUCUUCCCUGAUAGUUUCUACCAGUAAACAUGGCUGUAAAUGUGACUCAGAUGUUGAAGGUUCCAAGCAUAAUUUAGGCAUAAACAAUUAUCAGAAACAUUCGGUAUGUGAGAACUUCUGUGGAGGUUAUGAAUAUGACAGAGCUCUAGGGCAUACCGAAAGAAGUCCAACAACACAGAGUGAGUACACAUGCUCCAAAUGUGAGAGACACUUCCAGCAUAAUAUAGUUCCUAUACAUAACAAUUUUCCUAUCAUGGAGAAUUCUUACAAAUGCAAUAAAAACAACAAAACCACUUGUCCUAGUUUAUACUUUAAUCAGCAGGAGCAAACUCAUGCUGGAGAUAAACAUAAAUAUAACCAAUGUGGGAAAGCCUUCAAAAGGAUUUCUAAUAAUACUUUGCACAAGAGAAGUCACAUGGGUGAGAAACAUUAUGAAUGUAAAGAAUGUGGGAAAGUCUUCAAUGAUUCCUCAACUUUAAGGAGACACGUGAGAACUCACACAGGAGAGAAACCCUAUGAAUGUAAUCUAUGUGGGAAAGCAUUUAGUCAAAAAACAUCUCUUAAGUCUCAUGUGAGAACUCACACUGGAGAGAAACCUUAUACAUGUCAUCAGUGUGGAAAAUCCUUUGGCACCAGCUCUUACCUCAUAGUUCACAAGAGAAUACACACUGGGGAGAAACUCUAUGAGUGCAGUGACUGUGGAAAAGCCUUCAACACAAGCUCUCACCUUAAGGUGCACAAGAAAAUACACACUAGAGAGAAUCUUUAUGAAUGCAGUAACUGUGGAAAAGUAUUUAGUGGUAUCUCAUCCCUCCGAAUGCAUGUGAGAACUCAUACUGGAGAAAAACCUUAUGAAUGUAAGGAGUGUAGGAAGGCCUUCAGUGUUUCCUCUUCCCUUAGGAGACAUGUGAGAACUCACACAGGUGAAAAACCCUAUGAAUGUGUUCAAUGUGGAAAAGCCUUCAGUCAGAGCUCUUCACUUAUUAUACAUAAGAGAAUUCAUAAUGAGAGAGAAACCAUUUAA